AUGCCAUUACGCACCAUUAUUAAGACAAAGGACGAAGGGAAAGAGCACGAUAAAGAGAAGCCUUCAGAGAUGGAUGAAGACGAAUCAAAUCAUAACACCGCGUUCUCCAAGUCGGGCAUCGUUUCUGCCAUUCGUAAAACGAUAGCAAAAUACACUAUUAGUCGUCCUCAUUCUCCUGUAAACUCACGUCCUGCUUCUCCCGGACCCAGAAACUCAAACACGUCAGAUGAGGAUCUAGACGAAGAUGAAACCCCCAGUGCACCACCAGUAAAUACUACAACUCAGAUCAAGCGCCCUCCUCUAAGGACGAGUACAGCCUCAAGAGAGCUCAAGAAGGAGGAUUCCCGAAAAGACGCCAACAAAAACCACAUCUCCUUCGAUAUUCCCCCCCCUCCACCAGAGUUAUUAUCCACUCACGACCUGAAUUCCCUAUUUUCAGGUGCACCAGUCUUUUCAAUCAUCAAAGAAGGCAACGAAACUCCGGAACCGAGGGUUUUCUUUCCGUUCGACGAUGAAGACGACGAAGAGUUGGAGGAACUAUCAGAUUGCCCGCCUAUCGCGCAUCCGGCAUUUUCCCUUUGCACAUCAAGGCCUCAUAGGCCCUCAAAUCCAGAUGCUAGAGGCCGUAGGGCCAAGGAUGGUUCGGACUUGGAGGAGCUUGGAGGAAUGGUUGAGGAGGAACCGAGCAUGCUGAGCUUCAUGGGGCUUGAACCUGGGACUUGCGGAUGGGAAUACUUCAUGAUGUAUCCCGUGGGCGACUUUGCCAAGACGGAGGGCAAUGAGGACGAUGACAUUGACGAGAUUGAUGAGGGUGGACGAGAAAGAAGCAGGAGAGGAAGUAUGGGUAACGGGAAAGGUGGUGUUCGAAGUGUGGAGACGGACUAUAUCGUUGAGAGGUUGAAAGAGCUUGGGGAGAUUUGGAACGAGCGGAGACGGAGACAGGCACAAGAGAGCAGCAAUAUCAUUAUCAGUGAGAUUGAUGAUGCCGGAAAAGCCAAAGGUGUGCUAGGGAAAUAUUCCUCGCUUGAGCUAUAUACCCAACUCUUUACUAGGUUACUCUACCCACCCACUCGCAUCUCAACGGAGGACUUCAACGACCCGUAUAGUUUAAAGGUACAAGUCAUUGCAUUAUUGGAAACGCUCGCAAUGAAACGGUUUUGGCUCGACUUUAAGGACCCUCAUUGGAGGAUCUGUAUUGGCCAGAUUCUGUGGGGGAGAAGACCAAGCUAUCGAGACGAAAAUAGCGAUGACGAGGAAGACGAAGAAGACAUUGCCUCCGAAAGAGACGCAGAAAAAGUCUGGCUCCUCCUUCAAAUUCUCCUCUCGUGCGAAUUGGCAGUCCGACUGGACGUUCUGUUCAGUGAUGAUAUCGUUGAAACCCCAGAAAAUCAAUCUGUGGAAUCAAAGAAAGCUAUGUGCAAAAGGUUCAAGAGGAUUGGAACGAAAAAGGUCGAGUGGGAUAUACUUCUGGCACGGAGGUGGCUGGAUAAUGUACAGAUAAUAGACGAUGAAUCCGCAGUAGAGAAGGACCCCACCAGCCUAGCACCUCCAGCAUCUGAGAGAAGGGGUUGGUUCUCCUCAAGAGCCACCCCUCCUUCACCGCCACCAGAGGUGAACGACGAUGAAGAUGAGAAUGGCGUCAAGUCUUAUGAAGCCUUGAUAUAUCCCCGGAACUUAAAUAGACAAUUCUCCGCCUUGAUGUACUUUGCCAGAUCACUCCAGUGGCCUCAGAUUGAUACUUUAUCUCUACAGCUCCAGGAGAAAAUUCGCUCCGCUUCGACUUUCUCAACCCCAUCACAGUCUAUCAGCGGGACUCCUCUAGCAACGCCGCUUUCAAUGAUGUCUGCGAAUGCAAACAGCUAUUUCCAGGCAUUCGGGCGCCCAAAAAGAAUACAGGAAUUGGCAUCAACCUCUGCUACUCCAUCCGUUAUGACCAGUAGCAGUUCAGUAAGAAAUUCUGUAUUGGCGAAGACGAUGGGAUCUGGUGGUUGGCUUUCGAGAACAUUCUUUUCGGGGUUGAUACUACCCGGUGAAGGAUUGCCGCAUUUCCUGAUUUCUACACUACUAGAGAACGAUGCUGGUGCUGUUGAAAGCUUAGGCGACAACUCAAUACUCUAUGCCGGAUUCCAGUAUGAAGGUUCGACCUGGUGGAGCAGCAACUGCAUUGUCGGGAGAGUAUUGGCAGGCCACGGUGGAUCCAAAGAAGUGGGCGGGUGGAUUGGACCAUGCAUGAGUACUAAAGUGCCUACCGAGAAUGGACUGGUUUAUAGAUCUAUCACAAACGGGUGGUUAAACAUUUGUUCGCUCCUGCCAGAGGAUGAGGGAGAAGCCAGAGUUUUGAAACCGCGCCGGGUGAAGGAGGAAUCAAAUCCUCUUGGAACAAAGUAUAGGGAAUCAAAAAGCAUCCUGUCUAGCGAUUUGUCUAUGCCGCUUGACGACGCCAUUCCUGGAGAGAAGGUGUUAUUGGAGAGACUUGUUCUUGUAGAGCCAUCGCGGGAGGACGACUUGGACGUGGACGUGGAUAUUGCCAUCAAGUACGAAGCCGAGUUGCAUUUCCAGCUUGGCGAGAUGGAAGAGCUUGCAGUAAGACUAAAGCAUGAGGUCUUUUUCAUCACUUCAUUCCCUUGUCUUGAUCCGCCGACGAGCUUCAAGGGAAUGAAGAAGGGGGACUCUGCGGAAUAUGCGAUAAAGAGGGCACAUCCAUUGCACAAGGAAUUCGAGUAUUCUAUGGUUUCGAUAGAAUCACUCGUACGAGAGGGUGAUGAUGAGACGAGAGAUAGGAGCCAUAUUCUUGUUAUCGAGGCGGGCGGAGAAGGAAACGAUCGAGGGGUGCUUGCGAGGGCUUGGUGCUCGGAAAGAGGAGUUAAUGCCAUCAUUGGCAGUAGAGGGAGGACUUGCCUUAGUUGUUGCAUUAGAGAAGCCAAGGCGUUAGGUGUCGAUGUUGUGAUUCGCGUUGGGUGA